AUGGUAUUUCAAAUAAAAAGAGUGGAUGUAGCAGAGCCAUCAAGAAUAUUGGAGGUGGGAAAACAUACAAUUGGACCCGGACAGUAUUUAUUACGCGAGGAGAGUAAUCUGGAGGUGCCCACAGACCAUGCACAGCUGCUGGUCACGGAUGAUAUAGUGUCAUUAAAGACAUUAGACAAGAACCCCUGCUACUACAUCAAGACCAAAACUGAUAAGAAAGAAAUUUUGAGACAAAAUGACAUAUAUACUUUUAAAAGUGGUGAUAGAUUUGGUUUAACACCAGAUAGCUUCUGGUAUGAAAUAACCACUUGUUGUGGACUAGAUACUACUCCAAAUCCAUUGAAAUUAAGAAAUUCAAAUAGGAAAGAUGGGCAUGGAAUAGAAAGUGGAGACCAAAACAAUGUAAUAUCAGUAUCGGACACAGAAGACGAUGCUGUGAUAUUUGAAAUGAGUGAAUCGCUUGAAGAUUUCAACAAAUCAGCUGCAACAUUAUUGAAAGAACUAGAAGGAUCAAGCUCAACACAAGCUCUUCCUACUACGAAUAAAAGGGUACAAGAUGCAAAUGAUUCCAGCACCACUGAUAUUAAGAAAGCCAAAACAGAACCGUCUCCACAGGAUAUGCAGGGUGCUCAAUCUGGGCCUAAAAAUGAAAAAGAUUGUGUUUGCUGUCCAUAA